AUGGUCGAGGAACGUGCACCGCCAAAUGUUAAAGAACGUGGAGCGUAUCCCAACGUGAGAGCAGGAAACAUGUUGUGGUCUCUGAUCUUAAAUAUCGAAGAAGAUUAUCUCAAUUUCGAAAACUCAAUCGAUAUAGAAACCGAUGAAAUCAAUGACGUUGGCCAACAAGAAGCAAGAGAGCCCACUACUCUAACGCCACUGCAAGAGAAAAAUUCAUUUGCUGCGCAAGUGACACCGGCUACGUGUAUUGUGGAAGUUCAAACGACAUUGCCAAAACACUUUGAAGCAGCAGUCCAACAUGCUCCUUCUUGCAGCGAUGAUGCAUCUACACAGUGCGAUGUCUUCAAACUAGAGCCUGGAGUAGUGCUUCUUUUCAUGCUUGCAAUCGCUGCUCUCAAAUCCGAAGAAAGGAUCCGAGGUGCUGUUUCGUUAGCGGAGAUUUUUGGUUUUCGCAACUGUGCUUUGGAUCGGUACAGAAUGAAAUCUACCGCAGUGCAACCAGAUGUUUCACAAAUUACCGUGCUCGACGAGAAGGAUGUCGAAGUUCUACUAAGCAAAUCCAAUUGUUCUGGAUCUUCUGAAAUCAAUGACAAGGAGUCAGCGUCCGCACUUGAGAGCAGUCCGAUGGAUUUGCGGUUUAUGCGAAGCGUUGGCGAGCAGGCAACAAUUUUCCUUAUAGCUGCAGGUGAUCACCGUCUUUCUGGACGGCCAACCUCAUCAGGACAACUUCAUAGCGAAGACUCGAACGAUGUCGUGGCAGAGGUGAGUGUCGAUGUGUCUUUCGUGAACAAACCGGUGGAUGAGCAUGGUAAUGAGGUAAUCGACAUUGUCGACAUUAACGGGCACGAAGAUGAAGACGACGUUUUCCUGUCGGACAGUGACGAAAAUAUUGUUGAAAGUUUCCUUGUCGAGGAGUGCACCCAGACUGAUUCCGGAACGAACAACAAAGACGUGCAAGACGGCUGUGCCCAAACCAACCAACCGCUUAUGUGCAAUAGUGAAGUGCAGACCAUCAAGGUGGGACCGGACAUUCACGGAAAUGCUCAAACACAGACUGAGUGCUUCCAGACGACCUCGGACGGCUGUGCACAAACCAACCAACCGGUUAAGUGCAAUGGUGAAGUCCAGACCAUCGAGGAGGGUCCGGACAUUCGCGAAAAUAUUCAAACACAGACUGAAUGCUUCCAGACGUCCUCAGAUACCUCUACGCAAACCAGCGACACACUGAAGUGCUAUGAUCAAGUUCAGGAUUCUUCUUCGCAAACCAACGAGCAGACUAUGCGAAAUGGUGAAGCUCAGACUGUGGAAAAGAGCCAUGAGGACAUGCAUAGCGUCGGGACAGGAACUGAUGAUGAGCUUGCGAUGACGGGUCAGCCAGAGCAACGAAACUCAGUUGACAACAGCACGUAUAUGGAACCUGAAUCAUGUAAAACAUCUUAUUCCCAGACCUCGAGUCUAGCAAUGGACUCUGUCUAUGUACAGUGUACACCAGCAGUCAGCACAUCGCAGACUCAAUAUACUUGUACUUGUGUGACAGACGAGUCUUCACAGACCGAAAUAUGCAUGAAAAAUAAGAAGAAUCAGGAAUGCGAAGCAUCUGUGGAAACUGAAGAUGCCUGCACACAGAGUGUGAUUGUCUACACAGACAAGGCACUGCAAACUACGUCAACGGUGGACAUGGACCCCCUGGGGAGCAUCGACAGUGCAUAUUCGGGAGUACAGCUUUGGAGUGAUUUUGAUCGCGUACCCAUCAAGGAAUUCGAUGUUUCCCAGCAGACGUCCCCAACUCUCGUUCAAGAUGUAGCGUCGUACUUCAACUUGGAAGUACACUCGUUGGCCAUCCAAACAAAACCGGAGACCAAGGAAAGGGAAUGCUAUGCCAAAGUGGAAAUGGGUGAAGACGAAGUUCAAGCGGUAGUUGAGUCGCUCGAGGCUGCAGUUGGCCAAGCGGAUAAUGAGAACUGGAUAAAGGUGUACCUAGCCGAGCUGGAUGAUGAGAAACGCCGGCGAAUGAUGGAUAUCGGCAUUCAGACGGGUGUUCUAGCGCGAGUGCAACACAUAUAUGCAACUGUUGAUACUGAAAACCCACAGGUGCCUGAUGCCUCACGACCAUCUAUUCGUGUAAGCGAAACGGAAAAAGUCGAUGUGGAUUAUGCUGAUGAAAGGCCUUUGAAAUACACGUCAAAAUGGGAAGAACAACAUGGUUUAAAGGCGAGCGCAGAGCCGACCAUUCGCCUUCUUCUCUACUCCUUCGAUGUUCUCAAAUGCUGCCUACUUCGCGCGUCCCCUUUUGCUCACUUUGGAGUCAAGUAG